CGUGGGGUCAGCACAAGCGCAGAUAAUUACUGUUUGGAACGGAAAAAGAGACAGGAUAAGCGAUUUCGUGCCUGUGUAAAACAAAAGUAAUAAAGCGUUAGUCUACAAUUCCUUUCCGAAUCCUUCUUGUAUAACUGGGAAUGGCUUCCGUUUCCAAAUCCUUCCUUGCCGAUGCCGGCUACGGGGAGCAGGAAUUGAAUGCCGACGCCGCACUCAUGGAACUGGAUAAAGGUCUUCGAUCUGGCAAGUUGGGAGAACAAUGUGAGGCUGUUGUCCGUUUUCCAAGACUCUUUCAGAAAUAUCCAUUCCCAAUUUUAAUUAAUUCAGCAUUUUUAAAGCUAGCUGAUGUUUUCAGAGUUGGUAACAACUUCCUGAGGCUGUGUGUUCUGAAAGUGACCCAGCAAAGUGAGAAGCACUUGGAAAAGAUCCUGAAUGUGGAUGAAUUUGUAAAAAGAAUUUUCUCAGUUAUUCAUAGCAAUGAUCCAGUUGCUCGAGCAAUCACACUAAGGAUGUUAGGCAGUAUGGCUUCCAUUAUCCCUGAGAGGAAGAAUGCACAUCACAGUAUCCGCCAAAGCCUCGAUUCGCAUGACAACGUUGAAGUUGAGGCUGCCAUUUUUGCUGCAGCCAAUUUUUCUGCCCAGUCCAAAGAUUUUGCAGGAGGAAUAUGUAACAAAAUCAGUGAAAUGAUUCAAGGUUUAGCCACUCCGGUAGACUUGAAACUGAAGCUGAUCCCCAUUCUGCAGCAUAUGCACCAUGAUGCCAGCCUGGCUUCCAGUGCACGUCAGCUGCUCCAACAACUGGUGACAUCUUAUCCAUCUACUAAGAUGGUCAUUGUGACUUUGCAUACAUUUACCUUGCUUGCUGCCUCCUCUCUGGUUGAUAUCCCCAAGCAGGCCCUAUGUGAAUGUGCUCUUCAAACUCCUUAUGACAGCUUGAAACUAGGCAUGCUAUCUGUGCUUUCUACCCUGUCAGAUACAAUAGCCAUCAAACAGUACUUCAGCAUUGCUCCAGGAACAAAAUCUACUACAGCAAGGUCAUCUGAUCUGGUCAAGCUUGCGCAGGAGAGCUGUUAUCAUAAUAAUCAGAAUAUUGCAGCACAUGGAGUACGUGUUCUGACAAAUAUAGCUGCUUCUUGUCAAGAAAAAGAACUUUUGCCAUUGGAGCAAGAUGCAGUCUUUGGCCUUGAAUCUCUUCUUGUUCUUUGUAGCCAAGAACCAACUUCAUCUCCCGAAGCAACUUUAAAGAUCAUACUCACUUGUAUGGUGAAGCUGGCGAAGAGUCGCCCCCAUCUGAGCCAAUCCAUCGUGGAGUCCUUGUUGACACAACUACCGCGUGCUCAGGAGGCUGCUAGAAUUCUCAUAUGCCAUUGUUUGGCAGCCAUUGCGAUGCAGUUACCCGUCUUAGGAGAUGGAAUGCUGGGAGACCUAAUGAAUCUCUAUAAAGUGAUUGGAUGUUCUACUUCCAAUAAGCAGCAAGAGCUUUUGGUUUCUCUUGCUACUGUGAUAUUCGUUGCCAGUCAGAAGACAUUAUCUUCUGAAGUGAAAGCUGUUAUCAAACAACAGCUUGAAAAUGAUUCAAAUGGAUGGACAGCUUAUAGGAUAGCCAGGCAAGCUUCAAGAAUGGGUAAUCAUGGCAUGGCCAAAGAGCUUUAUCAAAGCCUGCUGACCCAGGUAGCUUCGGAACACUUCUACUUCUGGCUGAACAGUCUGAAGGAGUUCUCCCAUGCAGAGCAGUGCUUAACUGGGCUGCAAGAGGAAGAUUACAGCUCUGCCCUUUCUUGCAUUGCUGAGUCACUAAAAUCUUAUCACAAAGGAAUAGCAUCUUUAACGGCUGCCAGCACACCACUUAACCCUUUGAGCUUUCAGUGUGGGUUUGUUAAACUACGGAUUGACUUUCUCCAAGCUUUCUCUCAGCUCAUUUGCACCUGUAAUAGCCUGAAGACGAGUCCCCCACCUGCUAUUGCCACAACAAUUGCCAUGACUUCAGGCAGUGAUCUCCAGAGAUGUGGUCGUAUUUCCAACCAGAUGAAACUCUCCAUGGAAGAAUUCAGAAACCUUGCAGCAAGAUAUGGCGAUCUCUAUCAGUCUUCUUUUGAUGCAGACUCUGAAACACUGAGAAAUGUGGAACUGCAGCAGCAGAGUUGCUUAUUAAUAUCACAUGCAAUUGAAGCUCUGAUUUUAGAUCCUGAAUCUGCAAGCUUCCAGGAAUAUGGGUCUGCGGGAGUAGCCCAUGCUGCAAGUGAAUAUGAAAGGAGAAUGAUGUCUGUGUUUGGCUAUGUGUUGGAAGAAGUGGAGGCGCUGAACCGAAAAUAUGCACCAGUAUCCUACAUGCAUACAGCUUGCUUAUGCAGUGCAGUCAUUGCCUUGCUGAAAGUCCCCUUAUCAUUUCAGAGGUAUUUUUUUCAGAAGCUACAAUCAACUAGCAUUAAGCUUGCCCUAUCACCCUCUCCACGUAACCCUGCUGAGCCCAUUGUGGUUCAAAAUAACCAACAACUUGCAUUAAAAAUAGAGGGAGUAGUCCAGCAUGGCUCCAAGCCAGGCCUUUUUCGAAAGAUUCAAUCGAUCUGUCUAAAUGUGUCAUCAACUCUGCAGAGCAAACCUGGACAAGAGUACAAGAUACCCAUUGACAACCUAACUAAUGAGAUGGAACAGAUGGUGGAGCCUCACAAUGAUUACUUCAGCACACAAUUCCUCUUGAACUUCAUUGUUGUUGGCACCCAUAGCAUCACAGUGGAGUCCUCAGUUCGAGAUCUCAAUGGCAUUGUAUGGAAGACAGGGCCAAAAACCACACUAUUGAUUAAGUCUCUUGAAGAUCCAUACUCCCAGCAGAUUCGGCUUCAGCAACAGCAGGGGCAGCAGCUGUCUCAACAACCACAGCAGCUGCAACCACAGCCACGGACGGCUUACUCCCGUUUUUAGCUCUCAUAUAUCAGACAAGGAGCCUAUGUCAAGGGCAUUACAGAUUGUUUGGAAAUUUUUUCUUUCCCCAGGGCUCACAUUUCUUCCUCUAUAACAGCGGCAGUCUUGAUUCUUCUUUGUUUCCUUAAGCACAAUUUGCAUGUUUGAAAUGCUGUGGGAUCACUAAUAUGACAGUAGAUUAAGGCAAUUUGUGGCAAACUGGUUAUGUAAAGUGGUUCGGCUUGAAGUUCCAGUUAUCAUCUUCAUCUCACUUCAUUACAGUUUUGCCCUUGUGAUGUAAUACAAGUCCUAGUUUAACUUAAAAAAACAAUCCCCAAUUUCAUGUGAUGUCUUUCAAAUGCAGGGUUAUCAGUCACUAAAAGACUGGUAUGGACCAAAGUCAUCUAAAAGCUGCUUACAAUAGCUUCCUGCUAAACCAGCUCAUCUAACCAAGAUUCAGUACAAGUGAUGGAGUCUAGUUGCAUUACAUAACACAGCCAAUCACUUUAGUCUAAUUUCAUCCCUUCUCUCUUAAACUGUGUUCUACUUAAAGAAUAUUUUAUCUGAAUUAUUUCUUUAUGAAGAUCACUAUGGAGCCUGAGAUAAGAAUAGUUUUGAUUGGUAUCCCAAAGCAUCCAUCUUCAUCUGCACUGCCUGUGAGAUAUCCUUCUUGGUGAGUGAGCAAGGAGAUCUAAAGGGAUUUUUUAAAAUUGCAAUCAUAAUAGCUCUUUGAGUCAUCUAGUUCCCAGUUCCUGCUGUAUAUGAUUCUGCUUAUUACACUAUGAGGAAGUACUCCCCCACAUCCUCAAAAUAAUGCUAUCUGGAUUUAAAAUAAAUAUAUAACAUAAUGCAUCUAAAAGUGGGAGAAUUUUGAUACAAAGGUCCACACUGAGAAGGUGGCAUUGUUACUUAAAAAGAGAAUACAUUCUAAAGUAGAACAGUGAUAGAAGGACAAUGCAUGACCGCUAACCUGUAAUCUGAAGGGGAUGCACUUUGCCUGCUAUUAUUAGUUCCUUCCUCAUACAGGCUUAAUAAGUAUCCUGUUGAGAAGAUUCUCGCGUUACCUAUUUCAUGAAUAAAAACUUGCUGAUAGAUAUAAAAGGAAGUCAGUGGAUCUGAACACUCUGAUGAGCACAUACCAUAAAUGGUUUGUGGACUGCAUAUUAUAGUAACAAAGGAGGAAUUGCCCUUUGCAAUGAGUCUAAGCCUCUUUUCAACUGGUUGUUGUUAUUUGUUCGGUUGUGGAGAGUUACAAGCAUGUUGGUGGAAGUCCUCAUUGUCUUAUUCAGUUAAAGUGAGUUAGGGUGUGUGUGUGUGUGUGGUAGUUGGUUUUUUUUAGCAAGAGGGGUUUUUAUACUGAUGGUAGGGAAAUUACUCAAAUAGGUUUUUAUUAAUUAAAUUAUUGUGUGGUCUUUUUCUUAUGUACAUGCCAGUUUAAUAAAUUGUUUUUAAUUUUCAUUUGGUUAUUAAAAAUGGAAUUCCUUGUGAACAUGUAGCCAUUAUCCAGUCAACAGACCUGUACAUACAUCUUAAUAAUGAA